CGCUCCAAAUUGUCAAAUUUGUCCGGGAAAAGCCGCACGUGUUUUGUUUACAUUUUGUGUUCACAUGGAUUUCCUGCAGAAAAACCUCCAGGAAGCCUUGCAGAAAAAUUCAGAGGCACUGGCCAGGUGGGCAAGCUUUCGGGAUGAGCAGGUGCAAGCUAUUGAAAAUCUCUACAUGUACCAGAAGCACCUGGAAGUGGAAAUAAUGGUGCCAAUUGGGAAUAAGGCAUUGCUGCCGGGAGUGCUGUAUCAUACAAAUGAAGUGAUGGUCACUCAUUUCAGUGGUCUCCAGUCCAAGUGUACAGUCCAAAAGGCACAUGAGAUAUUGCAUCGACGAGUGGAGAUAGCCAAUGAGCAUGUCAAAAUGCUGGAAGCUGAGCGGGAUUUAAUGAUUAAUCGCCAGGAGUUGCCAUUUGCCCAGGAAGCCUUCUCCGAUGCAUCUCAGCAGGAGAUUCUAGAGGAAUACGAUGAAGAGAAAGAAAAGGCAUGGAGAGAGGAGCACAAGAAACGCAUGAAGGAACACAAAAAGCGAGAAGCUGAAGAGAGGAAGGCUGGAAAAGUUGAGGAUAGAGAUUUUGAGGAGCUCAUGUCUCGAUUGGAUGAACUAGAGAUGAUAGAAGAGAUAAAUAGUGAAUUCAACGACGAAGAAGAAGAGAAUACUACCAUUCCUGAAGCACAUCAAGAAGUUACAGAAGAAUCCCCUCCUCCAGAGCCUCCAAGUCAAGAAAUACUCCAAACCAAGAGGAAGUCUCUGACCUUCUCAGACAAGGACUCAGUCCAUAUGAUCAAAUCCCACGAGGCACCAUGCAAAGUCAUCAAACAGCCCGAAAGCCUGGAGCUCAAUCCUGAUCUUACUCUCUAUUUGGAAAUUUCUCAUUCUCCCGCCGUUUUUACUCCUCCUACAAAUUCCCAAUCGGAGAUUGCGAGUCCAGCUGACAUCUAUCGCCUGUUCAGUCAUUGUCUGGAAUCCCCUGAUCAGCCAGAAGCCUGUGUGCCAAAGUCCAUCCUGAAAAAUCGGGAGGCAGUAGAAAGGGAGACUCAUUUGCCUGAAGCUGCAACGGUAAUCAGAGAUCCUAUUGAGAGUAGGAGACGGACCAGGGAGAUCAUUUCCGUUGAUCAAUCGAGUAUUCUGGGGGACAUCAAGGAGCGCAAUCCAGAGCAGAAGAGCACAGCAGAAACAGAUUCCAAGAAAAUUCCAAAACGUCCGAUGAGUCGGUUCAAAAGUUGCCGGGAAGCGAAUUCCUAGCUUAGGCUUUGAAAGUUUCAUUGAAAAUUUAGCGAAUUUUUCAGCCAACCUUUUUUUUUAUAAUGAACUCAAUAAAAAGUUGUUUUAUUGCUGUAUAA